GGUUUUGGUGAAGUCAUGAGAAAGCGCCGAUUGUUUUUGUUUUUCACGCGUUAUAAAGCUUCGCCGAGCAUUCGGGUGAUUUAUAUUUCUGAAUGUUCAGCAUUUUAACAAGGACUCGGGAUAUAUGUGUCCUAAUGUCAAAGAGCAGCACGUGGCCUUGGAACAUUCAAGCAUGCUUUCCUUCACUAACUUAUGCGCUGUAUAGUGGAAACAUACGUGAUUGUUGAACGGAUUGCAGGAGGAAUUCUGCUGAAAAGGGAGUUGCACCGCUACUUGACGAAGACGAAUGGAUACACACUUCAUCACUACCUUGUUUCAUAUAAAGUGCGAUUAAAUGCCUUUAAUGUGUCUGUUCUGCUCUUUGAAACUGAAGUCUAUGUGGUGGAGUCUAUGACAAACUCAGUUUACUUUCAGUUAGAUUCAGUGGAAUCGCUAAUCGACGAGCUUCCAUAUAUGUAUUAUCUCGGCCUGUUUUUUGUCAAUGUCUUAAUCCUCUACUAUGCCUUUUUAAUGGAGUACAUAGUUCUUAAUGUAGGGAUAGUGUUCUUGCCAGAGGAUAUGGACCAGGCUCUCGUGGAUUUGGGCGUUCUCUCUGACCCAGCAUCUAUUCCCUAUGACACAGACACUGAACUGGAUGUUUUUGAGGGAUAUCUGGAAUAGACUAACGCUACUAUGACUGGCAAUCCCAGCCGAAGCUGCUUUGGGCAAGGUGUCAUUUGGUUAAAGGAGAACCAUUGUCAAAGGGAACUACAUUUGGCAUUAAAAGAUGCUGCAGUGGUCAGUUAGUAUAAAAAUGAAUGUCAUGAAUAAGCUGUCCAGACUCGGAGAACUGACCUGCCAUCAUGCUACAUGGAAUAUUUUACCUGGAACAGAUAAGCUGAGCGGACCGUGUGCUUUUCCAUGGAGCAGCCAGUCAGUGUUUCUUCAGAGCUCAAAUUCAGGCACUAACCACUACUGUGGGUAUUAAUAUUACAUUAGCCUAUUUAUUUUUAGCUUGGCCUUCAGCACUCGGGCAGGAUUCUGUGUCGAUGUGACCCCGUAGACAGGCGCCCUUAAAUGUGGUCUGCCUUGGCAUGUUUUCUUUCCCUUUAAUACCAUUUAAAUGAGCAAUACGUCAUGACACACACACAAUCCGCCUGAAUCAGUGUUUUAUUUUCUAUGAGACUCCUUUUGGAACCACAUAUUUGUGACGAAAUGAAUUAUUUGGCUAAGGUUCAUUUACCAGUUCAGUAUAUAUUUAAUAAAUGAUUAC